AUGAGAAGCGCAGGUAAACCGUCUAAUUUAAAUUUUCCUAAGAAAGACUUAGGUCAAUUCGUUGAGAGAGUUUCAUACGACAAUAAUAGCUUCCUUGCGAAAGAGGAGACUAAGAUCUAUGAUAAGUAGAGCAACAUGAACAAUACAAUGACUAAUGGAGGAGGUGAUAACAGCACAGUCAAUCGUAUGAAUAAGUCAGAGUACUCAGCAAUCAGCCCUGACUGCUAGAAUUGGUUUGAACUGAGAAUUAAUGGCAGAUAGCCUCGUAGAAGAGCUUAUCAUUCAUGCUUUAUAUUCAGCAAAAAGAUGUUUAUAUUUGGAGGGCAUGAUAUAAAAGAAGGAUCACUUGAUACACUUUGGAUGAUAGAUAUAAGUAAACUAGCUGAAUAAAACAGCAGUGAAUUCCCUGAAGCAUAUGACAAAAAGAUUUAAUGGCAGAAACUUGAAACAACAGGCAAAGAAAAACCAGUUGUAUUUGGUGAGAAAAUGUACACAUUCGGUGGGAGUAAUCAAAGCAUGCGAGAUAACUAGCACAGUUUCUUUGCUCUGGAUUUAAAGACAUUAAGAUGGGAAGUAAUACACGGAAGAGGUGAUGUUCCUACAACGAGAGAUGAUCAUUCAGCCAUCAUUUACGAGGGCUCAAUGGUUAUAUUUGGCGGAUUUUCAUCCGAUGGGGAGAGGACAAAUGAUGUUUACAGGUAUUACUUUAAAGAUAAUAAAUGGGAAAAAGUUAGUGCCUUGGGUCUUGAUUCUCCAUGCUCGAGAGCUGGACACUCUGCAUUAGUUUUCGGAGAUUCUAUGGUAGUAUUUGGAGGAAAAGACUCCGAGGGCAAUAAAUUAAAUGAUUUAUGGGUGUUUAACUUUUCAACUUAUUAAUGGGAGAAAAUUGAAAUCAGCGAUAAUGAAUAAAAACCACUGCAUAGAAGUGGGCAUUCCGCUUGUCUUUACAAAGAUAUGAUGCUGAUAUUCGGUGGAAUAUAUGAAGUGACUCGAGAACUUGAUGAUAUGCUGCUAUUCGACUUUAGAAACAAAAGAUGGAUUACAUUUUUUGAUGAGCUUAACUCGCCAAGUCGACUUAAAUAGCAAAAUAGUUAAAAUUCUCCAGAGGCAUCACCUUCAAGUAAAUUUAGCCAACCAUAUAAACAAAAUGAAAGCUUCAAAUUUGAAUAACAAAGGCCAAUGACAACAGGAGGGGUGAGUGCAGGGAACUAUAACUCAAUAUCAUCUCCUAAUCGAAUGAAUUAGUCUAGAUUCUCGAUAAAUAAGGGGAAAUCCUCAUAUGCAUAUGGCUCUAAUAUGAUGACUAAUGAAAACUAAUCGAAGAGUUUGAUAAGACAAUCAACAAUGAACAGAUCCAGACCAGGUACCAGUGCAAGUGCUACUAGAAAAAGAAAUAGACCUAGCUUGCAUAAUGCUGAUAAACAUAAAGAAUCAGCGACAGUUUAGCUUGAAUCACCAACUUCAGUCUCAAUGAAAAACAGUUUUAUCAUUAAAAAUGCUGAUCCUUCCUUUGAGCACUAUUAUAACUCAAUGAGAAAAAAGAGGACAAAUGCUGCAAAUACAGCUGCCUCAAUACUAAAUUCAUCUUUGCUAACUUAACCAGCAGAAGGACCAUAUGGUAAAGUAUAAGGAAAAAGACCAUCGCCUAGAGAUGGGCAUUCAUGUGUUAUCUAUGGAGACUAUUGUCUAGUUUUCGGAGGAGAUAGACAUCAUAUGCCAUUCAAUGACAUCUAUAUGCUAGAUCUUAGAAAAGAAUUUAUAAUGAGAAGUCAUAUCUUUCAUUGA